AUGAUUGGUAUAUUAUUUUUGAUUAUAGGUAGCGGAACAAUGCUAGAACAGGGAUGUCUUGCCAAUGCACAAAACUGUGGAAUGCUACAGCAGCCAACAUAUCCCCAAUCGGGGAUUUUUAAUUCGAUGCUUUCAUCCGCCAGCUAUCCAAUAUUGAAGGAUAGAAGGUGUGACCAGGGAAGAUGCAUGGCGUAUUUAUUCAAAGACGAGUGUGAUAUUUGUGACAGCAAAGAAUGCAUGAAGCAGUGUACAAAGAAGAGGAGAAACGAGGAAGAUCUGAUAGAAUUUAUAAAAAACUAUGCAGAAAGCAGCAAAAACAAUGCUAAGUUUGACUUUAUUAAUGGAGAUCCAAAUGGAUACUUGAAAAAUAUCAAGACAGUAACGGUUGUUGAUAAAUCCUAUACUGGUAGCUCAGAAGAUCCGAAGAUUGUGACAGUCACGAUGAAUGAGGUUAAGACAGUAACGGUUGAUUCAACAGCAAGUGUAUCAAAUGAGAAAGACUGUAAGAAAAAGAAUAAAAAGACAAAAGAAGAGUCGUCAUCUUCAUGCGAGGAGAACAAAGAGGCUUCCAAGAAAAGAAAGAGCGGGGAUGACCGAAAAAGAAAAGAUAGAUGCGAGGAAUGCCGAUCAGACGACAAAAAGAGAAAAGAUGAGUGCGAGGAAUGUAUUGAAGAUAAGUGUGAAGAGUGUCUUGAUAAUAGCACAGAAAUUAAUACAAAGCAUAAAAGGAAAAAAGAUAAGAAAAAGAAUCCACCUUUCAUUUUACCUUCUUUAUACACGCAAUCCUCUAACUUAUUAAGCGAGUCGUUAUCAAAGGACGUAACCGUCACAAGAAUCCUUGAAAAGAUAAAGACAGUUGAAAAGCCAAUAACACUUUUCAGGGAACUGACAACAACAAUAACAAAGGAGAAACCAAUCAUAAACUAUAAAGUUACAACAUUUACCGAUGUUUCAACGAAGAUGGAGAGUGUGACUGUUACAGCCACUAAGACAGUUGCAAUCAACAGCCUUCCCCAAAAUGAUAUUGACGAGUAUUCCUCGACUCAAAGAACAGUGUUACCGCCAGCAUCUGACACCAGUAGAAGUGCCACUAAUGAUAACCCACUAGAUGGAAGAAUAUUAACGGUUAUUAAGACAGUGCAGGCCACAUCCAGCAUUGAGCCGUCUAAAGCUAGUAUUUCUAUUAUUACCGUCACUGCCACUCCUGAAACAAGAGAAGCGCCUGCUCAAUCUACUACAUGCCUUGAUAUUCCAACUGUAUUAUCAACAAUAACAAUAGGAUCUUCUAUUCAGACAGUAUCCAAGUCCUUCUCAGUGUCCAGGGCCGUAGCCAAAGGCUGUGAGGUAACGACGGAUAUGCAACGUGCAAAGCAUAAAACAGUAUGUAGAUUUAUAAAUGUUCCCAAAAACUUUAUAAGGAGAAAAAUAGACCCAAGUGGCCAAAUGGGAACAAAUAUGGCACGAGAAGGUAUGCCUGAAACUGGAGCAGACAAAAAUUUGGGAUUAGAGCAAAACGCAGGAUUGCAGAGAAAUAGAAAAGGUAAGAGAAGAACGGUUAUUAGGACGUUUUACAAGACCGAAGAACCACAGGAAGAGAAUGAAAGUGUUGUUACUACAACAGUUUAUGUGAGAUAA